GGCAACACUGCUAGACAUUCUCUCACUACGAUAUGGCAACACUGCUAGACUGAUUCUCUCACUACGAUAUGGCAACACUGCUAGACUGAUUCUCUCACUACGAUAUGGCAACACUGCUAGACUGAUUCUCUCACUACGAUAUGGCAACACUGCUAGACUGAUUCACUCUCUCUCACUCUCUCUCUCACUCGCUGCUUGGUUAACAUACUCGCAGGUUUUGCACGUUUUUGUCAGCCCAGCCUUCUAAUCACAGCAGGGCACUCCGUUAUAAGGCAGUGGAGGGCUGGUCUGUUAUAUCUUGUAAUGGUGGUGGUUCUGGCAGCAGGCAAGUUAAUUUUCCACGUGUUUCAAGAUUCAAGAGUAAACAAUAAAGGAUAAAAAGAAGAAAAGGAGACGAGGAGAAAUAACAACAAUAACACACCAGCAGCAGCAGCAACAAGAAAGAGGUGUUUAUUAAGAGAGAAAAAAAAAAAGAAAGGAAGGAAGAAGAGAAAGUGGAAGAGUUGGGAGAGGAAGCCUUCAACACACACACACACACGCACACACACACACACCAGAAUGUUUCGAUCCAAAGCAGGAAUAGAGAUUGCUGAUGUUCCCACCCUCAGCAAACAUUACAUCAGAGAGAAGGUUUGGGAUUAUAUAGAAGAAAAUAAUCUGGCUGAUUUCCCGAGGCCUGUCAACAACCGCAUCCCAAACUUCAAGGGUGCGGGGCAGGCAGGGCAGAGGGUGUGUGGGCUGCAGUGCUUCCAGGCAGCCCACACAGUGAAGGUGAACCCUGACAAGCCACAGGAGGAGGUGCGCUUCUUGACCCUGGAGGCUGGCAAAACCCUACUGGUGCCAACUCCGAGACUCCGCAGUGGCCUAUUUAACCGCCUAAGCAGCCAGGGCGUGGAGGGGAAGGAGAACCUGCGUAUCAUGGCCCAGACGGAGGGAAUCAAGAAACACUCUACACCUAUUUGCCUUGACAUGACCACCAAGGUUGACCUCAUAGUCUUGGGGUCAGUGGCUGUGUCAGUGACGGGCAGAAGGAUCGGCAAAGGGGAAGGGUUUGCCGACAUGGAGUACGCGAUGAUGAGGUCUGUGGGGGCGGUGAAUGACGAGACCUGUGUGGUGACGACUGUGCAUGAUUGCCAGGUAUUUGACGAGCUCCCGCACCAGCUGUUUGGGCCACACGACCUGCCUGUGGACUUCAUCGUGACCCCCAGCGAGGUCAUCAAGGUCACGCACACACUGCCCAAGCCCCUCGGAAUCUAUUGGGACCUUCUUACCCCAGAGAAGUUCAGGCAGAUACCAGUCCUGCGCCAGAUGUAUGAGAGAGAGGCUGAGCAGGGCAAGGAUGUGACUCUAGCAGGGGGUGUGGAGCUACCCACUGCCGAGGACCUGAGGGGGGGAGGGCGUGCUAGAGGAAGGGGAGGGGGCAGGGGUAGAGGUGGAGGCAGGGGGAGGGGCCGAGGAGGAGGAGGAGGAGGAAGGACAAGAUACAGUUCAGAAGAGGAGGAGAAAGAGAAGGAAAGCAAAGGACAAAAGAAUAUACAGGUCACCAUCAAUGUCAGCAAGAAGAACCGGAUAGUUCGUCGCACCGUUGAGGCGACCCACGAACCAGACCGUUUAGGCUCGGCAGACCUGGACGACGAGGGGGGGGGUAUGAGAAUGAUAAGUCGGGGGUCAUCCCUCAAGAAACCUCGUCUCCUGAUCACCUAUGCUAUAUUUCUUGGCAAGGUCCCUCCGGCUUGUAGAGUGCGAGAGCUGAAGGACGCCCUGCAGACCCGCGGCGUGCGUCCUGCAGACAUCACCUGGCGUGGCCGCAACGGAUUCGCCUUCCUGCGGUUCAGCGGUCCAUUGGAGGAGUGUGAGGAGGUCCUGGAUAAGCUGUCUGGCCUUACCCUGCAGGAACAGCCUAUUGUGGUGGAGAGAGCCAAGGACAGGAAGGACAGCACUGACGAAGAGGGCAGGGAUCCGUACUACUACGAGGAGGGGGGUGACGAGGACAACCCUCCACACCGCUAUGGCUACCCCCCUAUCCCCCGCAAGCCCCCCACGGCCCCCAAGAAAUCAAGAUUACCCAUCACUUUUGCUGUCUUUCUUGGCAAGGUGCCCCCAACCUGCAGGGUGCGGGAGCUGAAGGAGGCUCUGCAGAGUCGUGAGGUGCACCCAGCAGACAUCACAUGGCGAGGCAGGAGUGGGUUUGCCUUCCUGCGGUUCACCAGCCCCGUUGAGGACUGUGCCCGCAUCCUGGUGGCGCUGGAGGGCCUCAAGCUGCAGGAUCAGGCUGUGGUGGUAGAACGCGCCAAGGACAGGGGUGAGGAGGUGGUGGUGGUGGUGGCCGAGGAUGAUGACCUUGAUGGUGUUGACAGUGGUGUGGAGGCUGUCAAUGGUGGUGGUGGUGGUGGUGUGCUGGCUUAGGCUGGGUUUGGUUAGGUGUAGCUUGGUUUGUUUGUUUUCUUUAUUCCUUUUGUGUGUUUGUUUUGUUUGUGUGUGCGUGCGUGUGUGUUGUUUUUUAUUGUUUUUUUUUUUUGUGUGUGUGGGUAAAUGUGUGUUUUCAUGCAUUUUAUUAUUCUUUUUGUCACAUUAAGGGCAAAAGGACAUGUCUAGAUUAUGUCAAGGUUAAGGAAAGUGGUGAUGAAAGAUCCAUGCUGCUAAAUAUAUAAUUAUUAACUUGCACACUGUUACUUGCAAGGAAUAUAAGAAAAAUUACUUGUGUUUUUGAGUUAUCUAGUUUGUUGUAAUUGUUAGGUAAGCAAGGAAGGUUAAAUAUUGUUACCUACAGAAAGCUGAUUACAUAGAAAAUUACACACAAUUAUAAAAGGGAAUAGAAGAGAAAUUACUUGUGUUUUUGAGUUACAUUAGAGCAAAAAGGAGUUAUCUAGAUUAUUAUAAUGAUUAGAUAUGCAAGGAAAAUUAUAUAUUGUUACUUAUAGAAAGAAUUACAUACCAAAAAAAUUACAUAACAGCUCCCUAUGAAGAUAAUUAUGUAAAGAUAGAUUUAUUUAAAUAAAGAUAGUGAAGAUGUUAAGAUAAGAGGAAGGUAGAGAGAGAGAGAGAGAUUUAAUUUCAGUACAGGGUUUUUUUUUAGCCAGUAAGAAAAGAAAAAGCUUUAUUUAGACUUUUUACUGAAGAGAAAUAAAGAUAGCUCCAUUUUGAGUUUAUUUAAAGAUAGAGUUUUGUAGGUAGCUAGAGAGAGAGAGAGAGAGAGAGAGAGAGAGAGAGAGAGAGAGAGAGAGGUAGCUUUAUUGAAGGUUAUGUGGCAUGAGAGAGAGAGAGAGAGAGUCCAUAAAUCUUAGCAAAUAGUUAAAGAAAAGAAUAGAGAGAGAGAGAGAGAGAAUUCAGAACAUAAAAAAAAGGCUUCAUAUUAGUAGAGAGCGAGAGAGAGAGAGAGAGAGAGGGGAAGGGGGGGGGCUAGUUUAAAGCAGCACAACCACUACUAUUGUUGUUAACUAUGCAUUACGCAAUACAAGCCGUGUUUCUACGUAUAGGCCUAUUACAAAGUAUAUUGACACAUUGUGCGUGUUUGCCAUAUUGUUAAGUAUUCCUCCUGCAUUUGUUUAUCUAUGUAUAGCACACACACACACACACACACACACACACACACGGAAAUAUUAUCGUACACACACACAUACACACACACACGGAAAUAUUAUCGUGAAUUUAUUUAUUUUUUUAUUUAUUUAUUUUUUUUUUUUUACAUAAACUAGAAUAGAUUGUGUGUGAGAGAGAGAGAGAGAGAGAGAGAGAGAGAGAGAGAGAGAGAGAGCUUUAUUUUGAAAUACUCUUAAAUCUUAUAUGCAUAAUGUUUAAGAAGAAGAGGAGGAGGAGAAGGAGGAAGAAGUAGAAGACUUAGUAUGAAAAUAUGAUGAAAGGAGGAAAGAAAGAAUAACAAUAAUAGAAGGAAGAAGAGGAAAUGGAGGAUGAGAGAGAGAGAGAAUAAGCUAGGAAAUUUAAUGAAACAAGUCGUAAUGAAAAGGAAAGAGGGAAUAGGAGAAAUAAUGAUAAAAGUGGAGAGAGAGAGAGAGAGAGAGAGAGAGAGAGAGAGAGUCAUAAAAGGGAAAAUAUAAAGAAAUAAAUAGUGCAGAGAAGGAAGGAAUAGGAAAGAAAAAGAUUAUUACAGUGAAGACAGAGUGAGAGAGAGAGAGAGAGAUUAUGCGAAAAAAAAUAUAAGUAUAAAAUAAAUUGUGAUAAAUUAAAAAACCUAAUAUGCAAAUCAAAGAUGAAGAUGUGAUAUAGGUAGUGUUAAAUGAAGAUAAAUGUAAAUAGAUAGAAUAAAUAGAUGAAUAAAUAAAUAUAUAUAUACCUUUCAAAAAAAAGUGUAGAUUAUAAAGAGAAGUUAUUUGAAUGUAGUUAUUAUGUAUGUAUGUAUGUAUGUAUGUAAAAAUGUGUAAAUAGUGAUGAUAGUGAUGAUGAUGAUAAUAAUAAUAAUAAUAAUAAUAAUAAUAAUUGUUUAGUUUAGAGUUAGGUUUUGUUGUUGUUAUUAUUAUUAUUAUUAUUAUUAUUAUUAUUAUUAUUAUUAUUAUUAUUAUUAUUAUUAGAAAAAAAGUUUAUAUUAUAGUUUAAGAUUCUCUCUCUCUCUCUCUCUCUCUCUCUCUCUCUCUCUCUCUCUCUCUCUCUCUCUCUCUCUCUCUCUCUCUCUCUCUCUC